AAUCCCAAAAGAUUUGUUUGAAAAAUCGGUAACCUAAGACGUAGUCAACCGUCAGUGGAUUAGAGAAUUGAGCAGGUUGUUCAACUGUGACUUUUGAGGAAAGCAUAGAAGUAAAGGAGUUGAAUAAUUCAUAAAACAGCUGUUGAUUAAAGAAUAGUUGCUAUAGCAGGAGGAGAUCUCAUGGGUCAUCAAACCGUGUUUCGUUCCAAAGUUCAUUCAAAUUCUAUCAUUUGCCCUACAAAAUAGUGAAACCGAAUGCAGCUUAUGAACUUGUUAAUUGAUGAUAAAGAGGAAGAGCUUCAAACCAGAAAAACAAGGCUUUAUCAAGCAGCCAUGAACGGAACAGUCUCAAUUCUAUCACAAAUCCUUCAAGAAGAUCCUCUAAUUCUCAAUUCAUUCCCCGUAUCUUCUUCUUCCAUGCUUGAAACUCCUUUACACGUAGCUUCCCUUCUGGGUCGGCUAGAAAUCACGAAAGGAUUCUUGACCCAGAAGCCCGAGCUCGCUAAAUCACUGAAUUCUAGGGGGUCCUCACCUCUGCACUUGGCUGCGGCAAAAGGGUAUGUGGAGAUAGUGAAAGAGUUGGUCUUGGUGAACCCAGACAUGUGUUUUGUGUUGGAUCAUGAUGGGCGGAGCCCUCUUCAUUUAGCUGUGAUUAAAGGCCGGGUUGAAGUUUUGACUGAGUUGAUCAGAGCUAAGCCGGAGGCGGCUUGGGUUUUGACUGGUAGAGGAGAGACUUGUCUGCAUCUGUCUGUGAAUUAUAAUCGGUUUGAGGUGUUGAAGGUUUUGGUUGAAAGAUUGAAGAAAGAGAUUGAUCAGUUUGUCAACUGGAAAGAUCAGAAUGGGAAUACCAUUCUCCAUCUUGCCGUGGCCAAAAAGCAGAUUGAGAUCAUCAAAUAUUUGCUGAUCAAUACAGAAAUUGAUGUUCAUGCUCGAAACGUUCUUGGUUUAACUGCUCUGGAUGUCUUGCUACAAAGCCAAGAAGACUUGAGAAACAUGGACAUUAAACAAUGUCUUGAACACGGUAGAUCUUCAUAUAUCAAACACACAUCCUUAAGGGUACCGGUGACAGAUGCAGCCAGAACUACUUCAUCGAUUGCCAGGUUGCAGAAUUUGCCGACUAUCAGCAAAAACAAGCAGCCCAACAAGCAUAAACAAACAGACUGGCUAGCUAAGAUGCGAAGCGCAUUAAUGGUUGUAGCAUCAUUGGUUGCUACUGUGGCCUUUCAAGCCGGACUAUCCCCUCCUGGGGGUGUUUGGGCCAGCGAUUAUGUUGUAGAUUCGAAUGGCAACCAAGUGGAAAACCCACAUUAUGCAGGUCAAUCAGUAAUGGCAAGUAAUCUCCAUCAAGCAUACGGUCAAUUUUUGAUCUUCAACACCAUUUCUUUCCUUGCUUCCUUGAGCAUAAUCCUAUUACAGGUUAGUGGAUUGCCUCUAAGACGACAUCGGUGGAUGUGGACUCAACUGGUCAUAAUGUGGAUUGCCAUCAGUACUCAAAGCAUAACAUACUUCAUUAGUUUUGUUAAUUUGAGUCCUGGUCGUCUGAAAGGUACCCUCAGCCAUGUGACUAGGAUUUCAGUUCUAGUAUGGUUCUGUCUUAUGGGAGUUGUAUUCAUCGGUAAUGUCAUUAGAGGGGUUCUCCAUGUGCUUAGAAAGAAAGGAUAUGUUAAGGAAAAAGAGAGGGAACCCACAAUUGCAGAAGAGGAGAAUGAUGAGCUAUAAUGAUGAAGCUCAUCAUUUAGGUAAAUAUUUAAUAGUACUAGUGAUCUGUAUAAGAACUGUUUCCGAAGCAAGUAACUGAAAGAUGUUGUAAUAUUCUUGAAUAACACUAAUCCACUCGUCGCGUGUCAUAUAUGGUUCUGGGACUAAAUUACAAAAACUGUUCAUCUAA